AAAAGAAAGAGGACUUCGAAGAAAGACAUAAAGAGAAAGGAAAAGCGAAGGAAAUCGUCAAGCCUCUAGAAAAUAAAAACAAAGUAGAAGAGGAAGGAUCAGAAAAAGACGAGUGGGAACAGAUAAUUAUUCAAGCUGAAGAACUUACCCAAAAAAUCCGAAGCAAACAUCAACGAAAGCAAAUUGAAAUAACUGAACAAUUAUUCCAGAUCUUGGGAUUAAAACCUGUGCAGUCGACAUCGGUCUUGGAGAUUCAGGAGAUCCAGAAGACCUUCUCCGAAUUAUUUGAAUAUUUGCAGGAAGCCCAAAAAGAA